GCGGGUGGCGCGGCGCUGGAGAUCGGCCGCUUCGACCCAGAGCGCGGGCGCGGGCCGGCGCCGUGCCAGGCGGUGGAGAUCCCCAUGUGCCGCGGCAUCGGCUACAACCUGACCCGCAUGCCCAAUCUGCUGGGCCACGAGUCGCAGCGCGAGGCGGCCGCCAAGCUGGACGAGUUCGCGCCGCUCGUGCAGUACGGUUGCCACAGCCACCUGCGCUUCUUCCUGUGCUCGCUCUACGUGCCCAUGUGCACCGACCAGGUCUCGACGCCCAUCCCUGCCUGCCGGCCCAUGUGCGAGCAGGCGCGCUUGCGCUGCGCGCCCAUCAUGGAGCAGUUCAACUUCGGCUGGCCGGACUCGCUGGACUGCGCGCAGCUGCCCACGCGCAAUGACCCGCAAGCGCUCUGCAUGGAGGCACCCGAGAAUGCCACUGCCGGCCCCGCUGAGUCGCACAAGGGCCGGGGCAUGCUGCCAGUGGCGCCGUGGCCUGCGCGGCCCCCCGGCGACGGUGCCCCAGGGCCGGGCGGCGCCUGCGAGAACCCGGAGAAGUUCCAGUACGUGGAGAAGAGUCGCUCGUGCGCCCCGCGCUGCGGGCCGGGCGUCGAGGUGUUCUGGUCCCGGCGGGACAAGGACUUCGCGCUCGUGUGGAUGGCCGUGUGGUCGGCGCUGUGCUUCUUCUCUACCGCCUUCACUGUGCUCACCUUCCUGCUGGAGCCUCACCGUUUCCAGUAUCCCGAGCGCCCCAUCAUCUUCCUCUCCAUGUGCUACAACGUCUACUCGCUGGCCUUCCUCAUCCGCGCCGUGGCCGGAGCACAGAGCGUGGCCUGUGACCAGGAGGCGGGCGCACUGUACGUGAUUCAGGAGGGACUGGAGAACACGGGCUGCACGCUCGUCUUCCUGCUGCUCUACUACUUUGGUAUGGCCAGCUCGCUGUGGUGGGUGGUCCUGACACUCACCUGGUUCCUGGCGGCCGGCAAGAAAUGGGGUCAUGAAGCCAUUGAGGCCCAUGGCAGCUACUUCCACAUGGCGGCCUGGGGCCUACCGGCCCUCAAGACCAUCAUCAUCCUGACCCUGCGCAAGGUGGCCGGGGAUGAACUGACCGGGCUGUGCUACGUGGCCAGCAUGGACGCGUCUGCUCUCACAGGCUUCGUGCUGGUGCCCCUGUCCUGCUACCUCGUGGUCGGCACCAGCUUCCUCCUGACGGGCUUCGUGGCCCUCUUCCACAUACGCAAGAUCAUGAAGACAGGAGGCGCCAACACCGAGAAGCUGGAGAAGCUCAUGGUCAAGAUUGGGGUCUUCUCCAUCCUCUACACAGUGCCUGCCACCUGCGUCAUUGUUUGCUACGUCUAUGAGCGCCUCAACAUGGACUUCUGGCGCCUUCGGGCCACCGAGCAGCUAUGCACAGCGGCUCCAGUGCCCGGGGGCCGGAGGGACUGCUCACUGCAAGAGGGCUCGGUGCCCACCGUGGCUGUCUUUAUGCUGAAAAUCUUCAUGUCACUGGUGGUGGGCAUCACCAGUGGAGUCUGGGUUUGGAGCUCCAAGACUUUCCAGACUUGGCAGAGUCUGUGCCACCGCAAGAUCGCCACAGGCCGGGCCCGGGCAAAGGCCUGCCGGGCCCCCGGGAGCUACGGCCGUGGCACCCACUGCCACUACAAGGCCCCCACUGUGGUCUUGCACAUGACUAAGACGGACCCCUCUCUGGAGAACCCCACACACCUCUAGGACAGGCCUGGAGCAGGCGGCUGCUGCCCCUUUCUAGCCCUCCCCGUCCUGAAGCAACAGCUGACUAGCAGCUGCCCAGCUAUCAAGGGCAGGCAAGAGUGCGAGGGGGCUGAGGAGUAGGGUGAGGAGACUCCUUCAGCCCCUCGCUUGUCAAGGUCCAUCAAGGUUCACUCCUCUCGCCCCCCGCUGAGUCUUGCAGGGUGCUGGGAGAGGAUGGGGGGGAGGGGGGCACAGUCCAGCAAGGGAGUUUAUUUAAUGAUGUAAUUUAUUGUUGAGUUUCUCUGGAAGCUGUGACUGGAAUAAACCCCCGUGCGGCAUUGCCGAGUCCUCUCUGGGUUGAAAGGGGGAAGGUAAGAGG